CAAAUUUGAAGUUAAUAUUAAACAAAAGAUUUGUGAAUGGUAAUCUUAACCAUCGGUCGCCAAUCAGCAUUAAGUGCUAAAAAAUUUAUCAAAAAAAAAAAAACAAUUAAUAAAAGGCUACAACAAUAAUUUUUUCAUAUAAAGUCAAAACAAAAUGGCCACUAAUAGAAAUAAUUGUGAGACAAGCAACAAUACUGCUGCUUUAUUAAUAAAUGAAUCCAAAGAUGAAGUCGAUUUUGUAUUGACCAAGUGCAACAAUAUUUACAAUAACAACAAUAUUGAUAAUAAUACUAAUUAUAACGCCAAUAAAGUAAGUACCAACAAAAAAGCAGACAAUAGAGUUUUGUUAAAUAGCGAAAAUGUGCCAAAAUCUGCCAAAAAUUCCACACAUAACAUACAAAAUUAUGUGCCAAAUACGCAAACAACAACAACAAUAAACAAUUCAACAAAAAAUAACAACAAUAAAACGAAAAGUGGUGAAAAUACGGAACUAAAGAAACAAACAACAAAAGAACGUUUGUCAUUAUUUUCAUUUAGUAGUAAAAAGAGUAAUCAAAAGGCUACUGCCUUUACUACUGCAACUGUAAGACCAACACCAACAGAAAAGGAAAAUGGUACACAAAACGCAUCCAUAAGUUGCACUCAAACAACACCAACAACUAAUGUGUACAGUGAACCGCCUGUACCAAUUGGCACACCACCGCGACAACACAAAUUUGUCAAAAGCUCUUCAAUUGCGCGUUUACUUGGCAACACUUACAAUGCCAAAAAAGUUGAAAAAGUUGAAAAAGAGGAGCAAAAACGACAAAACCGUGGCGAUGGUGCCAAAUUCAACACGUUUGGUGGACGGCGACGUAGCAACGGUGCCUACCUGGAGCGUUUCAAGAAAUACGCUAAGGAAGACGGUGAUGUGGUCGCAAAUGGUGUCAUAACAUUGACAACAGACUCUCGUGAUCUGUUUGGCGGUAGUCGCAAUGAAUUAGUAAGCGUAACGCAUGUGCAGGAGGAUCGCAAUGAAGAUUUGGGUGCCAAAGCCUUUCGUACCAUUUCACGUGGUUUGGGUAAAUUGUGGUUUAAACGCACACAUAGCGUAGAGAUCAGUUCACCAGAUCCAGAGUUUAAGGUGUCUUAUUUAGGCAACGUGCUUACUGGUUGGGCCAAAGGUGAAGGUUGUGUUGAGAAACAACUGAAUACACUUUGGCGAAACUAUACUCAAAACAAUAAACCAGAUGUUAUUAUGCGUAUUAAAGUUUGUGCUUCCGGCUUAAAAGCAACCACUAGACAACAUGGACUGACAGAAUAUUGGGCGAAUCGGAUUACACAUUGCUGUGCACCAAAAAAUUAUCCACGUGUAUUUUGUUGGGUAUAUCGGCACGAAGGACGCAAACUCAAGCAUGAAUUACGUUGUCAUGCAGUGCUAUGCAGCAAGGAGAAAGUUGUGCAAGAAUUAUGCAAUACUCUAAAGGAAAACUUAGAGAGCGCUCUACGUGAAUUUAAACGUGAAAAAAUUCUUAAGCAGAAUGCUCGUCUCAGUCUUGCUAAUGCAGCUUAUGAUAAUCCAAGUUUGCCGCGCCGCAAAAUACUUUUAAGUGUCGGUGGUAACAAUUAUCGGCCACCAUUGGAACGUUCCAAAUCUGCACCAAAGUUGAUGGCGAUUGAAGAAGCUAUUGGUGAGGAAGAUGGCGAUGAGAUUGAAGAGACAAAUGAACCGGAAAUGAAAUCAUGUUGUCAGAAGGAUUCGCUUUACCCAGCCAUGACAUUAGGGCGCCGUCGCUGUCGACGUGGACACUCUAUUAGACGCACAGGUAAAGUAAGAUCGACAUAUAAUGACUUGGUGGAACAUGAACAUGGCAGCGGCUGCUGUAAAAAUACCAAAGAAAUCAACACAUCAACUAUCACAAAUGCUAAUGCUAAUGCUACAAGUACAACAAGUACAACAGUAAAUGAACAACGUCAUAGUUAUGGUUCAGAUGAGUCUGAUGAAUUUGACAAAUUGUUAAAAUACAAUAAUUAUGAUAGCAAUGCUUCUCUUACAAAUGAGUUGUUACCAUACUUUGACAUGCAGUUACACAAGAAUACAAGUGCUAGUCUGGGCAGUUUAACCGAAUUAAGAGACGAAACAGAACCAUUAAGCUUAUUGCCCACCAUAAACAGUGAUCCAUCCGCAGAUCCUGAGGGAGACUUUAAUCCAAAUGAUAACUCGAAUGAUUUGGUUGAACCAGAAAUCUUAGGAAUACGCCGUAAUGGUGUGUGCAGUGACGGUGAAGAAGAUUAUUUAGAUGCAGAUGAUAUGUACUUUAGGCAAGCCAGCAUACUGAAUAUGUUGCAUCGCAAUUCUAUGCGUAAAAUGACUAAUUUAUCAAUGAGCAGUGACGAAAGCAGCAUUGAAACAAAUGCAUCUGCACCUUUGCAAUAUCAUCAUCAAAUGCAAUCAUCUAUUUCAUCAAACGCCUCUUCGAUAACAACUAAUGCUUCCACUACGGAUAGUACAACACAACAAAAACCAUUUAAUCCAGACAGUGAUGAAGGUUCCAUAUCGAGUGGUUGCGAAACAGCGAGUAUAGCAACAGCAAAUCAAGAUGAUAUUUCCUUACAAUAUCAACAACAAUAUAAACAGUUAAUAUCGCAGCAUUCAGCUCCUGCAGCUUUACAGUAUGUCGAACAAUUGCAAGAGAAUAGUGUUCUCCAUGAAGAACCUAUAACGGUGGAAGAAAUAUACCAAAGGCUAGAAUCACGUUUAAAAGGCCGUAAUAAUAGUGAUGCUACUACGUUCAGUAGUUCAAGUUCUAUUACUCUGAAAUUAGGCAAUUCACCCACUGCAUCAAUGAAUGGUUUAGACAAUUUAAAUGGUGGAUUAAAUCGUACUCGGCGUAUACGACGACAACAGAAACCACAAAAUGAUAAUGACUCUGAUUCUGAAUGUAGUGAUGAAUCCGGUUAUGUUGAAUUUCAGGAAAAGGAAAAAGCUAUCAAAAGAGCUAUUGGAGCUGCAAAUGGUAAUGGUCAAACCAAACCACAGCCUCCACCAAAGCCAAUGCCUCGAAGAUUGCUGAGUGCUACACAAAAACAAACUAUAACUUCUGUUUAAAGUUAGUGUCAAUUAAGACAAUUACUAUUUUAUGCAAAUCCAAGAUGCAUUGGUUUGGAAUUUACCUGAAUUACUUUUGCGUGUUUGAUGAAUAUGUUAUCGAUAUAUUUCGAUAUAUGUGCGUUGAAUAUAUUCCAUGAGACUGUAGGAAAAAAUGAAUGACAUUACAUUGCAAAUUUGGAGGCAACUAUAUAAUACGAGUAUAUAUAAUAUGUAUAUGAAAUAUAAAUGCUAUUGUAAACUUAAUGGUCAGGUUAUAUUGUUCUAUUAUUACAUAUGAAAUUUAAAACUAAUUUAUUUUAAUAAUUAAAAUUUGUACAAAUUCC